AAGUAGACGAAGCACAGUAGUAGCAGCUGACUGUGUUUCUUGGGCCACGAUACACUGUAGUCUAGACUAUUUACACUGUAUUUUAUUUAUUUAUACAUAUCAAAAUGUCUCAUACUGUUGUUACUACCACCACCACGACGAGAUCGUCUUCGGGCGAAGGAUUCUUGAAUUUGGGCUAUACUCGCUCUGUACAAGGAUUACUGAAAAUCGCCCAAGUGGUAGCCCUCCUGAUUGCGUUCCUGUGUGUACACUGUGCACGAGGUUGGACUGAUUACUCAGCCUUUCGGUACUUUGAGGUGGUGACGCUAUGGUUCCUCAUAGCCUUCCUCAUCUUCUACCUCAUGUAUGUGUUCAGACUGCAGAGUAAGAUCCCCUGUAUCAACUGGACAAUGACGGAGUUACUGCAUUAUGGCGUUGGGACCAUCCUGGUCUUCAUUGCCUCUAUUGUUGCAGCUGUUAAGAGUGGAGGUGUGUCUGAACUAGAAGCUGGUUCGGCAUUUGGCUUCAUCGCCACAUUCCUACUGGCUGUCAGCAUAUGGACAUCCUAUAAGGUCACAUGUGGUUCCCAGCCAACCAGUGCUUCUGUGUAAAACGGAUCUAUCAUUUCUUCCCCUCAAGUACCAAGAUGACUUCAUUGUCAGUGUGCUGUGCGACAGUAACUUCUUACCCCAACAACUGGCCCGGGGCCCAUUAAACAAUCAGAAGUUCAGCUUAGCCCGAGACUGGUUUCACUUCAGGAUAGUUACAAGUUAGCCAGUUAACUUUGUUAAACACUCUAUUUUGUACAGUUUACAAAGAAUGCUUAAAGUAAUUUCUCCUUCUUUGAGAUACACCGUCCUGAUGACCGGUCAGUUGUUAGGGAUAAGAAGUCACCUGUGUCUGCUUUGAAGAGCAGGCAGCUGUUGUUUCAUAUAAGUGCCUCCAGAGUGUUUAAACCAAGGGCUAGGCUGAGAGCCAGACCAAACCACCCCUCCAUCUUGAAUGGUGGCUAUUUGAAUGCUUUGAAAUCAAGAGGACAUAAGCUGUUUUUCAGUGUUGCCCUGAAGCUUUUUAGAGUUAGAUAUGUCAAUGCCACUCUUGUUUACAUUAUUUAUUUGAGAGCAAAUGUUUAUGAUGAUAGUUUUGUGCUUUUAUGUUCACGUAUGUCUGUCACAGUAUUAUAGGCUGCUUAUGAGAAGAAUCUCAUCAUAAAAAGGUCAACCGUCAUACAGCCUCACACUAUCACAUGUAUUUAAACAGCUCUUCUUUAUCUGAUGUGUUUGAGUUUGUAUAUGGGUUUAUAUUUCAAACAUGCUUUUGGUUGACUGAAGUAAAAGGGAAACCCAACAGCAUCCAUGUCUCUGAAUCCUUGUUUGUUGAAAAUAAGAUAUUGAGACCAGUGGAGGCUCCUUAGAGGAGGAAGGGGAGGACCAUCCUCAGUGAAUUUCAUAAAAAUAGUGAAACAUCAAGUUAUCCUUUUUAGAUAAAAACUAUAAAUAUAUUCACGUCAUCCAUGUUUUACUCCAUGUGUAACUCUGUGUCGUUGUAUCUGUCGAACUGCUUUGCUUUAUCUUGGCCAGGUCGCAAUUGUAAAUGAGAACUUGUUCUCAACUUGCCUACCUGGUUAAAUAAAGGUAAAAUAAAUAAAUAAAUAAAUCCCAAAAAUGGAUUAAAACGC